AUGCGGCGGAGGAUUGCAGACUCAGGGCCACAUUCAGCAAGGAGUGGUUCGACUAGGAUCCUCGCCUCUGCUGCUCAGGCUGUGGUGGCUUCCUCAUCCCUGAAGCAGGAUGGCACCAGCUCCUACCAGGAGGUGUUCAAGGUCUUUUGCGGGCCCCACAGCUCGAUGGACGGCGCUGCCUUCUCCAAGCUUUGCAAGGACUGUGGCUUGCUCGACAAGAAGCUGAGCCCUGCGGAUGCCGACCUCAUCUUUGCAAAGGUCUGCCCGCGCGGGCACCGGCGUAUGAACCUGGAGCGGUUCGAGGAGGCCGUUUGGCUUCUGGGCCGCAAGCGAGGCGUGGAGUACGGCGCACUGCUGGAAACCAUUGCCAACUCUACAGGCCCCUUGCUGAAAGCCACACAGGCGGAGGGCUCUUUCAAGUUUCAUGCUCAUGGCGGUUCCUGA